GGGGAUAUCAUGCCGUAUUCCCUCAAACAAGGGAAAGCUCCAUUCUAUCUGCCAGCCAGUUGAAGAGAAAACAUAGAUGAAAAAGGGGGUGUGAUGUUCCCACGUAAAGAAGAUCCCAGCCCAAAGCAUGCCAUAUCCGCGACUUUUCAUCCGCCUUGCUCCCCUCCCUUCACCACGGUGUUGCCUCGCCACCUCUUGACUGACAAACGUAAAAGCUUCAAAAGAUCCCAAAACACCGCCUCCUAUCCAUUCAUUGCCAGUGCUGUCCGACGCGCAGGCCAUCCUAGUUACCUGCCGACCUGCCGAACUGUCAAGCCAUGGGAGAGAGAGGGUGUGCUGAGAGGAAGUCGUCCUCCAUGGAGUCGACUCGAAGUAAGAUACAAGAAGGGGUUAAUGUAUGAUGGAAGGACACAAAACAACAGAGAGGGAAUCCCGCUAACACCGACGAUCCAAUCUGAAGCGAGUGUGAUAUUGCCGUUCGAGCCAGCCAGAGAGAGACGAGACCAAGGAAAGAAACAUGCAUGUCGUAAAGAUGAGAGUGCACAAGGCAGGCCCGCUCCCUUCUCUCUGGCGCUCGCGAGCACCCAGAAAUGUAGAAAAGACACAAGAAGAUGGAGUAUGACCAGGCUUUUGCAUGCCAUAUCGAUUCCGACUGUUGAGGAAAUGUGAGAACAGGUGUGAAUACCUGCGCAAUCAUAUACACAAGAUAGUGUUGCUGUCUCGUCGCAACCCUGGAAACACUCUAGAUAGAGCUGUUCCACGUACGAUUC